GCCGGGCGAGGAGUGCAGCUGGGCCGGGCUCUUCUCCUUCCAGGACCUGCGCGCCGUGCACCAGCAGCUGUGCUCCGUGAACUCGCAGCUGGAGCCCUGCCUGCCCGUGUUCCCCGAGGAGCCCUCGGGCAUGUGGACCGUGCUGUUCGGGGGCGCGCCCGAGAUGAGCGAGCCGGAGGUGGACGCGCUGUGCUACCAGCUGCAGGUCUACCUGGGCCACGGCCUGGACACCUGCGGCUGGAAGAUCCUGUCCCAGGUGCUCUUCACUGAGCCCGACGACCCCGAGGAGUACUACGAGAGCCUCAGCGAGCUGCGCCAGAAGGGCUACGAGGAGGUGCUGCAGCGCGCGCGGAGGCGCAUCCAGGAGCUUUUGGAUAAGCACAAGAACACCGAGAGCAUGGUGGAGCUUCUGGACUUAUAUCAGCUGGAGGAUGAGGCUUACAGCAGCCUUGCAGAAGCCACAACCGAGCUCUACCAGUAUUUAUUGCAGCCCUUCCGAGACAUGAGGGAGCUUGCCAUGCUGCGCCGGCAGCAGAUCAAGAUAUCUAUGGAGAAUGAUUACCUGGGACCCCGAAGAAUUGAGAGUCUGCAAAAAGAAGAUGCUGAUUGGCAGCGGAAAGCCCACAUGGCUGUAUUAUCUAUUCAGGAUCUUACUGUCAAAUAUUUUGAAAUAACAGCUAAAGCUCAAAAAGCUGUCUACGAUCGAAUGCGAGCAGAUCAGAAGAAAUUUGGCAAAGCAUCAUGGGCAGCAGCUGCUGAACGAAUGGAAAAACUCCAGUAUGCAGUUUCUAAAGAGACUUUACAGAUGAUGAGAGCUAAAGAGAUCUGUUUAGAACAGAGGAAACAUGCACUAAAAGAAGAGAUGCAGAGCUUGCAAGGUGGCACUGAAGCCAUAGCUCGAUUGGAUCAGUUAGAAGCUGAUUAUUAUGAUCUGCAACUUCAGUUAUAUGAAGUCCAGUUUGAAAUCUUGAAGUGUGAAGAGUUACUGUUGACAGCACAGCUGGAAAGCAUCAAAAGACUUAUAUCAGAAAAGAGAGAUGAGGUGGUGUAUUACGACACUUACGAGACCAUGGAGGCUAUGCUGGAGAAGGAGGGGAUGGCAGCGUCCAUACAUGUACAGAGGGAGGAACUGCUGAAACUGCAGCAGAAGGCACGCCAGCUGGAGGCCAGGCGGGGCCGAGUCUCAGCUAAGAAAGCCUACCUCAGAAACAAAAAGGAAAUCUGUAUUGCAAAACACAAUGAAAAAUUCCAGCAGCGUUUUCAGAGUGAAGAUGAAUAUAGAACCCAUCACACAGUACAACUGAAAAGAGAAAGAUUACAUGAUGAAGAGGAAAAAAAAAGUGCCUGGGUGAGUCAGGAGAGACAGAGGACACUGGACAGACUCCGGAUGUUCAAGCAGAAGUAUCCUGGACAAGUCAUACUCAAGUCAACCAGGUUACGACCGGCUCACGCAAGGAGGAGGAGUGCAGUGAGCCCCGUGCCACGGGAGGACCAGUGUGACUCUGCGCCGGGGCCACUACAGGGAGAGCCCAGCGAGCAGGAGGGAGGCUGCGGCCAGCCUGGGCCCUCACAGCCAGCAGCAGCACCCCAGGGACUCCGGAGCCUUGCACAGUUUGAAGACUCUUCACUAGCACAACUUGAAGCCGUGUCAUUACCUCUCAGUGGGGCCACCUCUGAACCACCUCCCACUGCCUCUCUUCCACUUUUGAAUAGUAAUGACCUCAGACCACAUUCUGUCACUGCACAUCCACUACCAGCACCAGUUCCUCCCACACUCCUGCCGCCCCCGCCCCCCCCACCACCACCUCCACCUCUGCCUAUUGCAAAGGACAGUGCUGUCACUGCAGAGACACUGGAAAUAGGGCUGCCCGGGAAGGAUGAGACCGAGAAGAGGAUCUCGAAGUCAGCCAGCGCCCCCUCAGCACACCUCUUUGACAGCAGCCAGCUGCUCAGUGCCCGGAGAAAGCUCAGGAAGACUGCAGAAGGCUUGCAGAGGAGGAGAGUGAGCUCGCCCAUGGAUGAAGUGCUAGCAUCCCUGAAGCGUGGUAGUUUUCACCUGAGAAAGGUUGAACAACGAACUCUGCCUCCUUUCCCUGAUGAAGAUGAUAGUAAUAAUAUCUUGGCACAAAUAAGGAAAGGUGUCAAGUUGAAGAAGGUACAAAAAGAAGUUUUGAGAGAGUCUUUCACACUGCUGCCCGACACAGACCCCCUCACACGGAGCAUCCAUGAAGCGCUGAGAAGAAUUAAAGAAGCAUCCCCCGAGUCGGAGGACGAGGAGGAGGCCUUACCCUGUACAGACUGGGAGAACUGACAAACAGGUGACUUGAGAGAAGAAAGCUGUCUACAGGUAAAGAUUGGUUCUGAUUCUUUUGGAUAACAAUAGUGAAGCAGUUUGUCCCACAGCUGGAUUCCAUUAGAUCCGGAGUAUGUUGACUCAAGUGGUGUGAAAAACAGAAACGAAGCACAGCUGGCAGUUCCUUGCUGGUCACCCCGGCAGACGGCGAGGAGCGCACAUGCGGCAGCACUGCCAGCUGCAGCAAGAAGCAACUUUCUCUUCCACACCCAGCGCACCCUGUGGUGUCAGUCACACUCGGGGUCUCGGUGAACCGGAAGCACAUUGGGCAACCCAGUCUGCUGUGAGCUGUUUGGGGACUGCUUCAUGAUCAUCUUUGAGUACACUGAGAGACAACUGCUGAAAAUACAGAGCUGCUUCCAGAUCAGCUAUAGAAAUAGUGCUACACUCUGAAGAAGAGCUGUUGGGGACGCUAGAGGUCAGAAAGUAAAUGCAAAUCAGAUGGAAAUGCACUUACAAUUUUUACAUUACUCCUAAAGAAUCUUCAUAAAGAUGCUCACCGUCUGAAAAGCCACUGGAGAGACACCUAGUAAUGUGUGUACCAUGACAUUUAAUGACAUAUUUUUAGAAGGCCACACAGUCUUAUACUUUGUAAGGGUUUGAAAUUUCCAUGCUUUUAAAUAGCUUUUCAUAAUUCUGGAUUUAUAAUAGUUUGAAUUUUAUGUGUAUCCUUGUUUAUGAGAAGCAAUACUUCAUGAUUUGAUAAUAUUUCAAAUUAUUUUUAGUCUUUUUGUUUGAACUAUUGCUUGAUCACUGUAACCCGUGACUCUCUAUUGAGAAUCAAAAAUCAAGAUUCAGUAAUAGGGAUACAGAUCUUAACUGUUUCUAUCAUAUAUCAUUUUUAAGUGUUUAUUUUACUCCACAAUGAAAAAGCAUGUGCUCCACAAAAAUGCAGAAGGUAGACCCUCAGAAAAGGUUCUUUGGCUGCAUUUCCCUUUCUCUAAGUUUUGAAUGGGACUUUGCAGAGAGACCUUAUUGUUGUCAAAGAAUGUUAAACAUACGAAUGCAGCUCUAGGUUUGCUAUAAGGAAGCCUGAAGGUACCUCUGUCGUGGGUCAUCAGCAGGAUUGUCCUGGGCUUGCAUGAAGGUAGAUGAUGUAUGUAGUUGGUGGCACUCUGCAGAGUGUAAUUCUGCACAAGACAGGUCCUGGUUUAUAUGGGGGAGUUAGGAUUGAAAUGUCAAGAAGAAUUUUAUUAUCUUAGAAGGCAAAACUCUGGCCUGAUCCCAGAAAGCAGAACUAAAGUCAAAGUUCCUUAGUGUAUUGUUUUCCUGGAGAACAAGUGCUCACAUUAUUGACAUUUUUAAAUGUAAUUUUCUUUAGUUGUGGAGAGAUACUGUGACAACAGCCUCUAUGUGACAGUCUUUCAGCUUAAACGUUGGUCAUGUAUAUAUUGAUAAGAGCAGGAGCUUCCUGUACAGCAUUUUCAAACACUGAUUUCAGUCCCCAAAUAGUUCAUACAUCUCUCCUGGGAAGAAUAGAAAUAUAAAUCUACUUCACAGACUUUAUCCCAAGGUGAGAGUGUGAGUGGAUAUGCUUUAUAACUUUAAUAAAGCAUUAAAGCAUGGUUUUAAUCCAAAGAACCAUUUGUUAGAAUGUUAAUAUGUUUGGAAAAUUUUAAAGUAAAUUUAGAAACUUUUAGUAAAAAUCAUGUAUUGGUUUUAUGCAUCCAGUUUUGCAUGGAUUCCAUAUCCAGUGUUUUGGAUGCUUGCUUAUAACCUAAGUUUUAUUCACUUUAUUUCAACUUUAGAAGAAAAUAAUUAACAAAAAAACCCUGGAACCCUCACAUGUUGAAAGAAAAUUGCUACCAUUAGUGUUCUCCUGGGAGCCCACGUAAAACAACUCACUUGAAAAGAUCCUGUGGUCGGUCUCCCCACACUAUCAGACAGCAGUUGUGCAGGACACUGUCAGCUCUGAGAAGACUAAGGGAGGGCUGCUCCUCCCCCUGCAGUGCAGGUGUCGGCUGGGCUGGGGGAAGUCCCUAGCAUGUGCACUUCCCUGCCUUAGGCUCCAGCUCUUUGGGCUGGGAUAUAGUGUCCUAGCCCCUAAGUGCAAAGUCCUGGGUUCAGGCCCCUAGCAGUGGGUGUGUGGUAGGGGAAUCUAAGUUCCAAGUUUCACAGAAUUACAAAUUAUGGUAGCCUUUGGAGUUACUCACAAAUUAUAUUAAAAUUUCUAAUAGCCAGGGGCCACUUGUCCAUCAAGAUAAGAUUAUUAGUUAAACUAUGAUUUUUAAGGCAGGUUUUUUUUGUUUUGUUUUGUUUUGGUACCAGGAAUCAAACUCAGGACCUUGCACUUGCCAAGCAGAUGCUUGUGACCCUGAGCAAUAUCCCUGGCUUUAAGGCAGUUUUAGAACCACACAAAACAUGUGUUGGGGUAUUUAAAUUUUAACCCCCUGCCCCUGUGAGGAUCUUUGGCUUUAAUGUUAAAUUUAUAUAUAUUUGGUUUUGUGGCACUUACUGAUGAUCAGGUUUCCAUUUCCAAACUUGCCUGCACUUUCUGUAUGGCUCAGAAUAUUUGACCAUUCUAUUUAUGUUGAGAUAUCAUUUGUAUAUCCACAGACAACUUCUUGCUCUUGCUGAGUCAACUUAGAAGUUAAUUUACCAAUCCGGUCUUGAUUGCAAUAAGUAUAAAAUGGGAAGACAAGUAGAUCGUGACUUGAGGAUGUUUCGAGGUUAAUGUUAUUGCUCACUUGAAUUUCCGUUUAAAAUAUUCCCCUACUAGCAACCAAAUGUAUGUCUGUAUAGCAGCAUAGCAUGGAUAGGAGCAGCGCCUGCUGGCUGGCUGACUGAGCUGUCACACAGUGGUGUGAGGAAACGCUUGGCUGGUGAGGACUUUAGAGGAUGAACUGUUGUCUUGUUUAUUUUGAAGUGUAGUUACAGGCGUACUGAGUUUCUGAGCAGCAUAAAAACAAUUCCUUAGUUCUUCACUGUGGAACUGAAGCGUUCUAUGAAAUGCAGUUUUAUGAGUCCUGGUGGACGCAGCUGUGGCCAAGGUGCAGCAUUUCCAGAGAAUGUGUGGAACCUCCCCAUUCACGAGCUCUGCCAUCUCCUCUGCUUGCGUUGGGGAGACCCUUGUUUCUUCAGAGUUGAACUAGGGUUUGGCACCAUACCUGCAGCCGUGUUAUACCAUGAAAAUGUGUUACAUGGUAAAGCACACGUCAGCCAUUGUAGGCACAGGAAGGAGAGCUCUUCAGUCAGCAGGACACAGCGUAUCGGCAGCACCCUUUACAUGAGUCAGAGUGCAGCUCAUACUUAAUUUUAUACAUUCCCUGUGACCAGUUUCAAGUUACAUUACCAAGUAUGUUUGUAUUAAUUUAAGUCAAUGCUUUUAUUUUAGCCUGAAGAAAAUUUUUUAUAAACACAUGGAUUUUCAGCUUUAUUAUCUAAAUAAGUAUUAUGCACAUAGCACCAGACACCAACCUUUAAAGCAGUACUAUUGGGGCCUGCCAGGGCAUUGGAAUUGCUUAUACUUUAUCAGGUUAUUUGUACAAAAAACAAACAGCUUGUUAAAAUGCAACCAUUUGAUAAUGAAAGCAGAGAGGGACCUGUAUUUUUACCUAAGUCUUGCACUGAAUAUAAAUAAUAUAAAGUGAAUUGUAAUCAGAUUUUAUUUCCAAUUUAGUGCUUAGCAUAGAAAAAGAGCUGUGCUUAGUGUUGGAGGCCUGAGCAAGCAGACUCACUUGGGGUGGGGGUGAGAGGGCCCCUUCCACAGCACAGUGCUUGCGUGGCUGCUGAGCGGCUCAGGAGGUGCCCAGACCCCACAGAGUGCACUAUUUUUAUCCUAGAAACAUAGUAUAACUUUAAAAGUUUUCCCUGCAAAAUGAGUUUAUAUUGUUGCCUAAACUUCGAUGUUUGUAAGCAGUUUUUUUAAAGGUGAGGGAGAAGACUGUCUGCGUGCACACAUGAAAUGUUUGUCCGUGUAAUUAUUUCAAAGAUGUGUCGAUUCUGAAAUUUCCUGUGUGGGCCAGAGUAAACGUACAGUUUACAUGGCCUGUGUAGGCUGUAAUUCCAAGUGUAUGUCUGUGCCAGCUUCUGCGGACGGCUCCUGUGCCGCUGUAGGGUGUGUGCAUGGAGCAUACCUCUUUGAGAUCCACAUGGCCGCUAGGUAUGAUGAGUCACUGGAUCUCAAAGAAAAUCACGUUUUGAGAGAAGUUUUUGUUCUUUUAAAUUCAUUUACAGCCGAGAGUGACUCUGAUGGGGAACUUACAGUGUGUAGGGAAGAUGCAGAGUGAUGUUUAGAUGAAGUAUGGGCAUUGAGCUGAGUUUUAUUUAACAGGCUUUUUAUUUUAAAUUUGCAUGUUCUCUGUUAACUAUCAAAGGAUGUCGCUAGCUAUUCCAGCUGCCCCAGUACUCAUAAUUUGUAAGAGAUCUCCACAGUCACCAGGCAGCAUUUCCAAGAUGAGCAGACAGUGCAACUUGGUGACUUCUGGCCUCUGGGCCUUUUGACAGAACCCUGUUGGCUCAUGAGAUUUCUCAUUGUGCUGUGUGUCUUGCCAGGGGUGGAGCCAGAUGCGUAGUUUAUGACACAUGGAAGGCUGCAGAUCAUUUUGCAUGAAUAAAGUCCCUUAGAGCUAAUGAAACUGACAUGUUUCUACCCACUCUGGGUAAAUGAAAAUUAUGCUGGCAAACUGACUCACCAUUUACUAGCUUUAUGCAAUACUAUAAAGGUAGAAGCAGAAACACUAGCACAUUGUGCUUGGCUUUAUGGAUGGCUUUCUCUCCAUGACGUUAAAUGGACAGUGCAUAGUGGACUGUAAGUGCACCUCCCGCAGAUUUAUAAGAAAUAUGCUCAAUUAACAUUCUAAAGUAUUAAAAGUACAAAGAAAACACUAAGCAAGCAUUUAUAGCAAUACUAUGAAAUCUACAAUAAUUGUUUUGACUGUUGCCUUUUGCUCAUCAGUGCAAAUUUUCUGCAUUGUAAUUACUGUAUUGCUUUGUAUCUCAUGUUUUUUACACCUGACUUUAGAGUUAAGUACUUGUCCACCAAGUAUUGCAAUCACCUUUCUCUUAUUGUACAUGCAGUGUAAUAACAUACAGUUUUGGUGCUUAACAAUAUUCCUUUUUUUCUUUAAUAAAGGGUAUUUAUUUGAACUAA